AUGGAUUUGAGCUUGAUCUACCUGGGACUCACAGGUGCACUCCUCAGCAUUGCCUUUGCCCAAACUCGUCAGUACUACUUUGUAGGCUCUGCACAAACCUGGACAAAUGCCCAGAGUGUCUGCAGACAGGACUACACCGAUCUGGCCACCAUUGAAAACUUGGCCGACGUUGAUGCUGUUCUUAGGACAAAUACUGGCUAUUCAGGCAAUGCUUGGAUAGGUCUCUAUGAUGAGUUGUACAACAGCUGGAAAUGGUCCCUGAAUGACAGCAGCUUCUAUGGAGCUGGAGAGUAUACAUUUAGGAACUGGAUAUCUGGCUCACCCAAUGACUUGGGGGGACAGCAGCACUGUGUUAGGUUUUUAAGUGACAGCGUGCAUUUGGGUGGAUGGGAUGACCGUCAGUGCUCGGACCUAAGGCGUUUUUUGUGUUACACCGGUAUAGUCGGUGGCUCGCCGUCUUAUUUUGUCAGUACCCAAUCACUGAAUUGGACCGAAGCUCAGCGAUUCUGCAGAGAGAAUUAUAUUGACCUAGCCAGUAUACGAAAUCAAGCAGAAAAUAAUAACAUCAGAACACUACUAGGUGGCAUUGAAGUGUGGAUUGGGCUUUAUCGGGAAAAGCUGUGGUCAGAUAGCAGCCCCUCCCUGUUUCAACACUGGGCGACCGGUCAGCCAGACAAUGACUACAGUCAGUGUGUUGCUGCUUCAUUCAGCGACAUGGGAAAAUGGUUGGAUGAAGACUGCACCCAGAGUUUUCCAUUCAUCUGUUACAAACCAAUCCCAGCCAAAGCAGAAGGCUUCAGGUCAUCAAGUCAAAAUGAGACCAGCAUCACUCUGCAGUGGAAUAAAAUCAACAACAACAUCAGCUUUGUUCUCCAGUUUGAUGGAUCAGAGACAAACAUCAGUGCACCAGAUAGAGAUGGACCAGUGAACCAUACAGUCACAUCUCUGACUGCUGGAACCAAAUAUACAUUCAUUCUCUUCUCUGUGUUGGAUAAUGUCAGAAGUAGUGGAGUCAGCAUUGCAGCAGUUACCAAGCCUCGAAAUGCAGAAGGUUUCAGGUCAUCCAUUCAAGAUGAGAGCAGCAUCACUCUGCAGUGGAAUAAAAUCAACAACAACACCAGCUUUGUUCUCCUGUUUAAUGGAUCAGAGACAUUCAUCACAGCACCACAUGGAGAUGGACCAGUGAACCACACAGUCUCGUCUCUCACUGCUGGAACUAAAUACACAUUCACUCUCUUCUCUGUGUUUGAAAACGUCAGAAGCAGUGGAGUACAACUUACUGCUGUCACUGCUCCCCAAAACGCACAAGGCUUCACAUCACAGACACAGGAUAAGACUAGCAUCACUCUGCAGUGGGAAAUUGUCAAUAACAAUGUCAGCUUCAUCCUCCUACAUAAUGAAACACAGUUGACUAUAGCAGCACCUGCUGGACAACAACCAUUACUACUGACAGUUUCAUCUCUCACUGCUGGAACUAGAUACACAUUCACUCUCUUCUCUGUGUUUGAGAACAUCAGAAGCAGCGGAUUCAGCAUUGCUGCAGUGACUGCUCCUGAAAAUGCUGAGGGCUUCAGAGCAUCAGAACAAAAUGAGACCAGCAUCACUCUGCAGUGGAAUAUCACAGCACCAGAUGGAGAUGGACCAGUGAACUACACUGUAUCGUCUCUCGCUGCUGGAACUAGAUACACAUUUACUCUCUUCUCUGUGUUUGAGAACGUCAGAAGCAGUGGAGUACAAGUUCAAGCUGCUUCUGCUCCUAUAAAUGCAAAAAGUUUGAGAGCAUCAGGACAAAAUGAGACCAGCAUCACUCUGCAGUGGAAUAAAAUCAACAACAGCACCAACUUUGUUCUCCAGUUUAAUGGAUCAGAGACAAACAUCACAGCACCAGAUGGAGAUGGACCAGUGAACCACACAGUCUCUUUUCUCACUGCUGGAACUAAAUACACAUUCACUCUCUUCUCUGUGUUUGAGAACGUCAGAAGCAGUGGAGUACAACUUACAGCUGUCACUGCUCCCCAAAACGCACAAGGCUUCACACCACUGACACAGGAUGAGACCAGCAUCACUCUCCAGUGGGAAAUUGUCAAUAACAAUAUCACAGCACCAGAUGGAGAUGGACCAGUGAACUACACUGUAUCGUCUCUCGCUGCUGGAACUAGAUACACAUUUACUCUCUUCUCUGUGUUUGAGAACGUCAGAAGCAGUGGAGUACAAGUUCAAGCUGCUUCUGCUCCUAUAAAUGCAAAAAGUUUGAGAGCAUCAGGACAAAAUGAGACCAGCAUCACUCUGCAGUGGAAUAAAAUCAACAACAUCAGAAGCAGUGGAGUCAGCAUUGCUGCAGUGACUGCUCCCCAAAACGCACAAGGCUUCACAUCACUGAGACAGGAUGAGACCAGCAUCACUCUCCAGUGGGAAAUUGUCAAUAACAAUGUUAGCUUCAUCCUCCUACAUAAUGAAACACAGUUGACUAUAGCAGCACCUGCUGGACAACAACCAGUACUACUGACAGUUUCAUCUCUCACUGCUGGAUCUAGAUAUACAUUCACUCUCUUCUCUGUGUUUGAGAACAUCAGAAGCAGUGGAGUCAGCAUUGCUGCAGUGACUGCUCCUGAAAAUGCUGAGGGCUUCAGAGCAUCAGAACAAAAUGAGACCAGCAUCACUCUGCAGUGGAAUAAAGGCGACAACAACACCAGCUUUGUUCUCCAGUUUAAUGGAUCAGAGACAAACAUCACAGCACCAGAUGGAGAUGGCCCAGUGAACCACACAGUCACAUCUCUGACUGCUGGAACCACAUAUACAUUCAUACUCUACCGUGUGUUUAUGAAUGUUAGAAGCAGUGCUGUAAACAUCACUGUUGCUACUGCUCCCCAAAACGCACAAGGCUUCACAUCACUGAGACAGGAUGAGACCAGCAUCACUCUCCAGUGGGAAAUUGUCAAUAACAAUGUCAGCUUCAUCCUCCUACAUAAUGAAACACAGUUGACUAUAGCAGCACCUGCUGGACAACAACCAGUACUACUGACAGUUUCAUCUCUCACUGCUGGAACUAGAUAUACAUUCACUCUCUUCUCUGUGUUUGAGAACAUCAGAAGCAGUGGAGUCAGCAUUGCUGCAGUGACUGCUCCCCAAAACGCACAAGGCUUCACAUCACUGAGACAGGAUGAGACCAGCAUCACUCUCCAGUGGGAAAUUGUCAAUAACAAUGUCAGCUUCAUCCUCCUACAUAAUGAAACACAGUUGACUAUAGCAGCACCUGCUGGACAACAACCACUACUACUGACAGUUUCAUCUCUCACUGCUGGAACUAGAUACACAUUCACUCUCUUCUCUGUGUUUGAGAACAUCAGAAGCAGUGGAGUCAGCAUUGCUGCAGUGACUGCUCCUAUAAAUGUUGGAGUCUUUAGAGCAUCAGGACAAAAUGAGACCAGCAUCACUCUGCAGUGGAAUAAAAUCAACAACAGCACCAGCUACGUUCUCCAGUUUAAUGGAUCAGAGACAUUCAUCACAGCAUCAGAUGGAGAUGGACCAGUGAACCACACAGUCUCUUUUCUCACUGCUGGAACUAAAUACACAUUCACUCUCUUCUCUGUGUUUGAGAACGUCAGAAGCAGUGGAGUACAACUUACAGCUGUCACUGCUCCCCAAAACGCACAAGGCUUCACAUCACUGAGACAGGAUGAGACCAGCAUCACUCUCCAGUGGGAAAUUGUCAAUAACAAUGUCAGCUUCAUCCUCCUACAUAAUGAAACACAGUUGACUAUAGCAGCACCUGCUGGACAACAACCAGUACUACUGACAGUUUCAUCUCUCACUGCUGGAACUAGAUAUACAUUCACUCUCUUCUCUGUGUUUGAGAACAUCAGAAGCAGUGGAGUCAGCAUUGCUGCAGUGACUGCUCCCCAAAACGCACAAGGCUUCACAUCACUGAGACAGGAUGAGACCAGCAUCACUCUGCAGUGGGAAAUUGUCAAUAACAAUGUCAGCUUCAUCCUCCUACAUAAUGAAACACAGUUGACUAUAGCAGCGCCUGCUGGACAACAACCGUUACUACUGACAGUUUCAUCUCUCACUGCUGGAACUAAAUACACAUUCACUCUCUUCUCUGUGUUUGAGAACGUCAGAAGCAGUGGAGUCAGCAUUGCUGCAGUGACUGCUCCCCAAAACGCACAAGGCUUCACAUCACUGAGACAGGAUGAGACCAGCAUCACUCUCCAGUGGGAAAUUGUCAAUAACAAUGUUAGCUUCAUCCUCCUACAUAAUGAAACACAGUUGACUAUAGCAGCACCUGCUGGACAACAACCGUUACUACUGACAGUUUCAUCUCUCACUGCUGGAACUAGAUAUACAUUCACUCUCUUCUCUGUGUUUGAGAACAUCAGAAGCAGUGGAGUCAGCAUUGCUGCAGUGACUGCUCCUGAAAAUGCUGAGGGCUUCAGAGCAUCAGAACAAAAUGAGACCAGCAUCACUCUGCAGUGGAAUAAAGGCAACAACAACAACACCAGCUUUGUUCUCCAGUUUAAAGGCACAGAGACAAACAUCACAGCACCAGAUGGAGAUGGACCAGUGAACCAUACAGUCACAUCUCUGACUGCGGGAACCACAUAUACAUUCAUACUCUACCGUGUGUUUAUGAAUGUUAGAAGCAGUGCUGUAAACAUCACUGUUGCUACUGCUCCUAUAAAUAUUGGAGGCUUGAGAGCAUCAGAACAAGAUGAGACCAGCAUCACUCUGCAGUGGAAUAAAAUCAACAACAGCACCAGCUACGUUCUCCAGUUUAAUGGAUCAGAGACAUUCAUCACAGCACCAGAUGGAGAUGGACCAGUGAACUACAAAGUCUCUUUUCUCAAUUCUAGGACCAAAUAUACAUUCACUCUCUUCUCUUUGUUUGAGAACGUCAGAAGCAGUGGAGUACAAUUUCAAACUGUUACUGCACCUAAAAAUGCAGAAGGCUUCAGGUCAUCAGAUCAAGAUGAGAGCAGCAUCACUCUGCAGUGGAAUAAAAUCAACAACAGCACCAACUUUCUUGUCCAGGUUAACAGCAUACAGACAUUCAUCACAGCACCAGAUGGAGAUGGACCAGUGAACCACACAGUCUCUUUUCUCACUGCUGGAACCAAAUAUACAUUCACUCUUUUCUCUGUGUUUGAGAACAUCAGAAGCAGUGGAGUACAACUUACAGCUUUCACUGCACCUAAAAAUGCAAAAGGCUUCAGAGCAUCAGAGCAAGAUGAGACCAGCAUCACCCUGCGGUGGAAUAAAGUUGGUAACAACACCAGCUUUGUUCUCCAGUUUAACGGCACAGAGACAAACAUCAGUGCACCAGAUGGAGAUGGACCAGUGAACCAUACAGUCACAUCUCUGACUGCUCGUACAAACUACACAUUCACUCUUUUCUCCGUGUUUGAAAAUGUCAGAAGCAGUGGAGUCAGCAUUCUUGCAUCUACUGAACUUUUUGAAUGA